AGUGUAUUGGUAACAGAACCCAUCAUCUGCCAUCACAGUGUUCUCUCAGCGACCGCAGCACCCAGGCAGGCGCAAAAACACUGAUCACCAAAGCCAUGUAAAUCCUCCGCGCCCAAAUUCACAUCAUUUGUCGCAAAUGGGUAUCAGUCUCUGACUCAAAAUCUGGUCCUGUAAGCUGGUUUCCGAGGUUUGUUUGGCUCAAUCUCUGUAGAAGUGUGAAGCUUUAAUGGGUUAUCAGAAAUGUUAGACUUUUAGUUUCUCGUAGGGUAAUUUUGCAACUGUUGGAAAGAGAGAUCUGUGGGAAAAUAUCAGAUUUUGAUUCUAGUUGGCGGUUUGAUCUGUACUGGGUAUGUUUCAGUUAAUGGAUUUGUCAAUGAUCUAUAGGAUGGUGUUUAUUGGAUUCACAUUUGAGGGAAGAAAUUUUAUAAUGAAUUGUUAAUGGUUGGCUGUUAUGAUUGAAAGCAUCGAACUUUGGUGGUUUAGGUUUCUGGGUAUUGUUUCUUAGGGCUAAGUACAUUUCGGGGUGAAGUUCUGGUUUUUUGAGAUGAAUGUGGGCUAGCCUGGAGAGGUUGGAGGAUUCAUAGGAAGUUUUGCGGUUUUGAGUUUUGCGAAGGCAAGGGUUAGGGAAGCAGCGAUGUCUUUUAAGAGUAUGAUUCAAGAUAUGAAAGGUGAGUUGGGGAGCAUUUCUAGGAAAAGCUUUGAUGUUAAAUUUGGAAUGAGAUCGAGGUCUCAGCGGGUCGUUCAGGAUACCUCAUUUCGUGUUGAUGCAUUGAAGCAGAGUUGUUGGGCGAACAUGCCUCCGGAGCUUUUGAGAGAUGUGUUGAUGAGAAUAGAGGCGUCUGAUGAUACAUGGCCUCCGAGGAAAAAUGUGGUGUGUUGUGCUGGUGUUUGCAGGAAUUGGAGAGAAAUCAUGAAGGAGAUUGUGAAAUCCCCAGAAGUUUCGGGCAAGCUGACAUUCCCGAUCUCUUUGAAGCAGUCUGGUCCAAGGAACUCCCUUCUGCAGUGUUAUAUAAAGCGGAGUCGUAGCAACCAGACAUAUUAUCUUUUUCUGGGUUUAAGUCAAGCCUCAACUGAUGAUGGGAAGUUCCUUCUUGCGGCAAAAAAGUGUAGACGCCCAACCUGCACGGACUACAUCAUCUCUUUGAAUGCCGAGGAUGUGUCGAAAGGGAACAGUGCCUUUGUUGGAAAACUCAGAUCAAAUUUUCUGGGCACUAAAUUCACAAUCUAUGAUGCGCAACCUACUAAUAGUGGAGCCAAAGUCACUAAAUGUCGUUCAACCAGGCUUGUGAAUAAAGUCUCUCCCAGAGUUCCUGCUGGCAACUAUCCUGUGGCCCACAUUGCUUAUGAGUUGAACGUCAUGGGUGCCAGAGGUCCGAGGAGAAUGCAUUGUGUAAUGGAUUCCAUCCCUGCCCGUGCUGUUGAGCCAGGAGGCGUGGCACCCACACAGACUGAAUUUCUGCAUAGCAACCUGGAUAGUUUUCCAUCCGUACCUUUUUUCAGAUCAACAUCAACCCGGACAGAGAAUUUCCCAUCUCCACUAGAGUCUGGUGAGAAUGAAGGCAUGCUGGCAUUGAGAAACAAGGCGCCUAGGUGGCACGAACAGCUCCAGUGCUGGUGUCUCAACUUCAACGGACGAGUAACAGUUGCCUCAGUCAAAAAUUUUCAGCUGGUUUCUUCUUCGGAGAAUGGAGUUGCGGGCCAGGAGCAUGAAAAUGUGAUUCUUCAGUUUGGAAAAGUGGGUAAGGAUGUAUUCACCAUGGAUUAUCAGUAUCCAAUCUCAGCCUUUCAGGCAUUUGCCAUUUGCCUUAGCAGCUUUGACACCAAGAUUGCUUGCGAAUGAUCGGCACGUAGGUUGCAAUCCACAGUCGUAAUGCUUGGACUCCAAGUAGUUUGUAAUUGUGUACUUAGAUGAAAACUUUUUACUUUUUCUUUCUUUCUAUUUUUUUUUCUCGUAUUUUUCGAAAUCUUUCGGGUUAAAUUAUGGCUUAAAACUUCUUUUUCCUUUGAACUAAAAUAUGAUGGUCUCCUCUCGUUUCGUU